GCUCCGUUCCAUUCCAACACCUCACCAGCAAGCACACACACACCUUCCACCGGGCCUGGCUUUAAAGCUGUACUUACUAUUUAUUUCUCCCUCCCCCCACAAACCUCAUCUCUUCUCUCCCGCCGCGCGCCACUGGAAAAAAAAAAGGAAAAGAAGAGAGAAAAAAACCCUCCAUGUGUUCCAUAUUUCCUUCGCAUUCAGUCAUCGGCGUAUCGUCGCAGGCGCAGGCUGCUGCUGCUGGCGGCGGCGGCGGGUUUCAGAGCCCAGAGAGCAGAGCCAGCAGCAUGAGCGGCGGCGGCUCUCUGCCCUCCCCUUCCGGACCUGCCUGCUCCAGAUCAUGGUCCAUCAGCGAGGACUCGCUGCGGAGGUACGUGAGCUACGCGAGCGAGAGCUGCAUCCAGGAGCUGCUGGCGGCGUCGUCGGACUCCGGCCGCGGCGGCGACGACGACGGGUGGAAGGUGCUGGUGUACCACAACGGCGUCGAGAUAUCCAAGCGGCGGACGGGGCCCGCGCACGUCUUCCGGAGCAGGUGGCUGCUGCAGGACGUCUCGCCGGAGCAGUUCGUGGCCGCCGCCAGCGCCGUCGACGCCGCCAAGCAGUGGGAGUCGGACCAGCUGGUGGAGUCUUCGUACAUCAGGGAGCUCGGCGACGACCUGAGCAUCAUCCACCUCAAGUUCGGCGACGCCUCCUCCUCCACCAGGAGGCCCGCCCGGCGCCGUGACCUGGUCGUCUAUGAGCGGCGCCAGGCCAUGGACGACGGCACGCUGGUGGUCGCGGUGGCCUCGCUGCCCAAGGAGAUCGCCGCGGGGCUGCUACCGCCGCCCGCGGCCACCGGCAAGGGCGGCGGAGGCUCCGUCGUCGGCCGCAGCCUGCUGCUGCAGUCCGGCUGGGUCGUCGAAAGGCUCGACGGCGACGCCGGCUCCUGCGUCGUCACCUACGUCGUGCAGCUGGACCCGGCCGCCGGGUGGCUGCCGCGGUGCAUCGUCAGCCGGCUCAACAGCAAGCUCGUCAUGAUCAUCGCCAAGCUCAGGAGGAUCGCGCAGGCCACCGUGCCUGCCGCCGCCGCAGAGGUGUGACGUGCAUAGCUACCAGCAAGUGAUCGAAAUCGAACUAGCAGCAUCGGGUCAGCUGCACGUUUAGUUGCAUUGUGUGUGUGCCUAAGUAAAUAGAUAUAUACGUACUAUAUGUCUUCUUUUUGUAGGGACAGAGGGCAUGCGUCUAUCUUGGGAUGCACCCGCAUCUGUAUACGUACUGCUACAAGACUAUGUCAGUGAGAAUUACUAUGUGUGCACGUUUUAGUGUUAUAGAAUUCGCCUACACGACUGUUGAUCUUUAGCGACCUUAAUUUAUUUCUAACUGUUGGUAUAAAGCUCUACUCAAACAGUCCAGUUAGCCUUUA